AUGGGUUCAGCUCAUAGCGGCAUGUCUAUCACACUUUCCAGCACCACGCCUAUAUUCAUGCUCUCCAGAUAUCGCAAGUCCGGAAGUCAAUCUUAUUCGCCGCUUGAAAUCGCUAUUGAUAUCUCGAUGUGCUUGCUCUUGCUCGGAGUAUACAUUUCCGGAAUCUUCAUCCUUGCUUCCCGAGAGAUUGGCGAAUGGGCAGAUAUCUACAACUACAAGCUUGCCCGUGGUAUUCCACAGGUUUACUCCAACCUCUCAUGUAUCCUCCUCAGUCUGUUAUACUUGCGCUCAUUUGCUCAGGGGUUCUUCCACAAAUGUAUCAAGCCUAUGUUCGAGGCCCGUCGUGUUAACUACACCCUUUGUCCAGCCUGCGACCGGUCUGUGGACGCUCCUAUGACCCAGAGUCAGGAUGUGACUGUGGCGGGACAGGAAAGACCCUCUAUCUCGACUGAUAAUCUGCAGGGUUUGUAUACUGAUGAUGUUGAGUCCCAGCCGUUGUUACCUCAGAGCUCUCUGGGUGUGGAAGAUAAGCAGACUACUGGUAUCGUGACCAAUAACUGA